AUGGCCUCAGACCCCAAAGCAGACUCUCUGCAAGCUGUUCUUGACCAGAUACCCCGUCGAUAUCAAGAAGAGAUCUUUGCGAAAGCCCAGAAAAGCAACAUCAUAGCUGCCCUUGACACCGGAGCUGGCAAAACCCUAAUUGCUUUGCUCCUCAUCAAGUGGACCGUUGCGCAGGAAGCAUCUCGAGAGAAGAUCAUCGUAUUCUUGGUUCCAAAAGUUACCCUUGUCAAGCAGCAGGCAGAUUAUAUCAACAAGCAUACUCCCGAUUCAGUGAAAAUCAAGCAACUCUCUGGCGCGAUGUCCUUGCAGCUCACCGAUAGGAAAGGAUGGCGCAAGUGCUUCGAGAGCAGCCACAUAUUCGUCAUGACUCCUAAAAUUCUUCACAACCUUAUAACCCAUUCUCUCUGGAAUAUCAACCAAAUUUCUCUCAUGAUAUUUGACGAAUGUCAUCACACCCGCAAGCAGGAUCCGUAUAACCAAAUUAUGCGCGAAUACUUCCACGUUCCUCAGUUUGAAAGGCCCAAGAUAUUCGGGAUGACUGCAUCCGCCAUCUGGGAUGUCAAGAAUCCCCAGGCCUCUCUUACUCUUUUGGAAAGUAACCUGGAUUCGAAAGUCAUAGCCGUACGUGACAAUAUUGAAGAAUUAAGACAAUGGGCCCCAAGACCCAAAGAGGUGCUCAAAUACUACCCGUUCCCUCCAGAAAGCCCGGCAAGCCCCAACCCGACAAUAUACCGAUGCCUCCAGGUAAUAGACACCUCUGUUUGGGAUGACUUGGACAUCCCAUUCAGCAACAUUGACAUCCGUUACCAAGUCACGCUCGGCAACAUAGGUUUUUACGGAGCGUCAAUGUUUUUGUAUCUGGAGAUUCAACACUUCAUCGAGUCUAAAUUGGCCGAAUACAAACGCCUACAACUCUGCCGCCCGCAUGAUGCAGAGAGCAUGGAAGUCGACGUUGGGCCGUCAUCUAUACCUGUCAGGCCGCUGCCAGACCAGAUCUUCCUAAUCAAGGAAAUCUUGCAAGGGUUCGAGGGCUACUUUCCGCCUAGCAUGACCUCGCCGAUUGUCCCUAUUCCUUUAACCAUGGACAUGUGCACACCCAAAGUCAAUGUCCUCGUGGACAUUCUUCUCGAAAAUUAUACCCCUACGUUCCAGGCCAUCAUCUUCGUCGAACAGCGUCAGGUCGCGUCAGCGCUUUCCAGGAUCAUACAGGUCCUUCCCGAGCUUCAAGGGAAAAUCCGUAGUGCAUUUCUCGUCGGAACAGGUGUAAACAGUGAGGGGAUGACGAGGCAAACGAAUCAGGCCCACGGUGAUCCUGUGAAAUUGUUCAAGAGCAAGGAAAUAAACAUCCUUAUCGCCACGUCAGUUGCAGAAGAAGGUCUGGAUUUCGACGGGUGUGAUCUCGUCAUUAGGUUCGAUCCGCUGCAUCACAUGAUUGCGUACGUCCAAUCUCGUGGUCGAGCAAGGAACUUCAACUCUACAUUCGUCGUGAUGUGCCAGGAGGACGACAGGGAGUUUGAGGCGAAAUAUCGGGCUCUACAAGAGAAAGAGCCAGAGGUCACCUAUAUGUAUCAGACUCGUCACAUCGACAUCGAAAGCGACGACGAAGACGGUGAUGAUGACGGAGACGGCGUUAUAGAUCUUGCAGAUCGAGAGCGACUUGUCGUCGAAUCGACGGGCGCGAAACUCACGUACGACAACUCGGUCAGCCUGUUGACCUACCUAUGCUCGUUGAUACCCCGCGAUGCAUUCACCCCGGUUCACAAACCCAAGUAUACCGGCGAUUUCCAGUCUACUCUUGAGCUUCCUCGAGCUCUACCUCUCUCGCCCAAAGACCUCGUGUACACCGGCCCAUUCAAGAGGUCAAAGAAAGAGGCACGGCGCGCGGUUGCGUUCAUGGCUGUGAAGCGCCUGCACGACCUCAACGUCUUCGACGACUACCUGCUCCCUGUGGCGAAUGACAGUUCGGACCAAGAUGUUAACGAAUUCAUGGUCGGUCAUGGACUCAGUGCCAAGCUUCGGAAGGUGCCUCCUGUGAUGCAGGUCGACGUGAAGGACCCUUGGCGUAUGGACGAGAAGCUGUGGCUUCAUCCUGUCGCCAUUGACGAUGAAGUUGUUGCCGGACUUGUUACGGGUACUGAUCUUCCUCAAGAGAAAGCCCUGGUCGGGUCAAGCACUGUGCGCGUCUUUCCGGGCAAGCGUCUUUUGUUCGACCAAGAAUUCGAACGCGAACAGAGGAAAAUGAUGAACGAUUUCACCAAACUUGGUAUCUUUUUCUCCAUCACACGGAGCCCAUUCACAGCACCCCUCAGCUUGUACCUCGUUCCAAUCACGCCUGCACAACUGCCAGACUUUGCGGCCAUGCUACUUCUGCUCGCAAAACCAGGCGGAAGCAGCGACUGGAGCAAGAUAUCAGAAGAGUAUCACGACAACCUCUUGGUGAUCCCACGGUACCGUUUGGGCAGCAUCCAUGCCCUUCGAAGGAUUAGGCACGAUUUGUCGCCCUUGUCGCAGCCACUGCCUGGGACACACGAAGCGAAAGCGGGGUGCUCGACUUAUCACGAGUAUUGGGUCAAGAAAUGGUCGAGAAAAAAGGGCAGCAUCGAUCUUCGAAACGAUGGUCCUCUCCUCGAAGCAGUCACUCUUCCCCAUUGCGAUAUGGGUGCAUAUCCACUGAACCCGCCAACAGAUUGUGCUCCGCCCGCGCAUGAUGUCAAGGAGCACAGCCGGAUGCUGCCUCAGAACGGUACCCUCUGGCUGGCCUUCUCUUUCCAGAUGCGCAGAGCUUACGAGGUCCUGCCAGCCCUUUGCCAGCGCAUCACUAAUGUCUACCGGGCCCGUUGUGCAAGGCACGAACUCAAGCUGCCAUUCGUGCCUACGAACCUCCUCAUCGAAGUCUUCACGAUCCCGUCUACGCAGCUCGGGUUCAACAAUCAGCGGCUGGAGACGCUCGGUGACGCGGUGCUGCAGGUGUGCAUGACAGUGCAGCUGCUAAAUGCAUUCCCGAGUCGGCAUGAGGGCCAGCUGACGAAGAUGCGGCAGAAGGUGGUCAGUAAUCGGUUCUUGAUGCAGAGAGCGCUGGAUGUUGGCCUUGAGCAGUAUGUGAACAGCGAGUUAGCGAGUGUGCAUAAGUGGCGGUAUGUCUUGGGCGGCAAUAAUAAGAAAGGCGGCGGCGAAGAUGAUGGACAGCAAGGGAAGCAGGAAGAGGAGGAAGAAGAAAGGGCGAGGCGAACCGUCUCUCGCGAGUUCCCUCGCAGGAGCUUGCAAGACUGCAUGGAGGCCAUUCUGGCAGCCAGUUUCCUUACAGGCGGGAUCGAGCACGCUUUGCACAUGGGCACUGCGCUGGGCCUGGAGUUUGGUGGCCCGUUGCCGUGGAAUAUGCGGUAUCGCAUCGACGCGCCCCCAAGCCCUAUCUCGCCCCUGUUUGAGUCGCUGGAAGCCAACCUUGGGUACAAGUUCAAACAUGGGCACCUCUUGCUCGAGGCACUUACCCACCCUUCGUUUGCGGUUCCGUCGGAGGGGCCGUCGUACCAGCGACUCGAAUUCUUGGGCGAUGCAAUCUUAGAUCUCGUCGUGAUCAAAUACCUCUACGACAAACUCCCCAACGCGACCUCACACCAACUCGCCUUCCCACGUACGCGUGCCAUCUGUGCUCAGACACUCGCCAACCUUGCCGUGCGCCGCCUCGGACUGCACAAAAUGCUGCUCAUUAACAGUGUCGAGCACACCCACGCCAUCGACCGGUACGUCCCCGUGCUCGAGCGUACGUCCGGUGCGGAUGUCGUGCGGACCGGGUGGCGGCACGACCCGCCCAAAGCUCUGUCGGAUGUGUUUGAGAGCGUUGUUGGCGCGGUCCUCGUGGACUCGGGGUAUGAUUAUGAAAGGACAGCAGCAGUGGUUGAGUACGUGAUGGAGGAGGUUUUGGAGGUGUUGGUGGAGAUGGACCUGGCGAAAGACCCGGUGUCACUGUUGAUGGAGUGGAAGCAGGCGGAGGGGAAAGUCGUAAAAGAAGCCGGCCAGUGGGAUGCAGAGCAGGAGGGCAUCGCCGUACUCCUGCAUGACCAUCUGCUCGUGGCACCUGUCGUCUGGAGUAGCCUCGCGGUGUCCAAGUUUGUCGCUGCCGAGCGGGCCCUUGCCGUCCUGCAGGACGCAGACUCGGACCACUCCUUAGCGAAGCUGUGCACCUGCUCGAGUCCGAUGGCGGUCGACGGACAGGAGGGCAAGGAAGGCACGCCGAGCACGGACUGCCACGACGCGCAGGAGGUUGUUGACCUCCUUACCGGUAUCGGCAUCGACGAUCACAUUCGAGGCGAAGAUCAAGACAGGGAGAACAAAGCCGAGGUAGAGGUCAACAGCAAGAAUACUGAAGAAGUCAAGGUCCUCCACGUCGGUCAUGGAUCGGGCAUGUUGACUGACCAGAACCUCAACGGCUACCACCCUUACGACUCUCUAGUGCCCAUGCGAUUUGCAACCAAUGGCAUCGCCCCUCCGCAUAUCCUCUGCCUUCCUGAACAGCCUCAAAGGCCUCUUCCCCGAAACCCAGUCGUCUGCUUACGCGAAGCCAUCAUGUACGCAUCUCUCUUUCUCCAGAACAGCGCGAGGCCCUCAUCGAUGAAACGAGAAGACUUCAAGAACCCGUGGUACAUCGCCGCCGCCGUCGCCUUCAGCGCGUCGAACAAGCCCGAAGGCGUUCCCAGGGUGUUCGAGCAUGCGCUAGCCGAUCUGCGUUCGACUCCGACGAUCCGGGGUACGAAAGGAGGUGUGAAGGUGAGAAGGCCGGGGAACGAGGACGAGGACGAGAAAAAGAUUCUGGCGCGGAAGAUGCGCGAGGCGCUGUUCAAGUCGGGUCUGAUCUGCGGGUACCCGAGGGCGAUCAAUGGGCUGAGGGCGUUGCAUGCAGUCAUGCCUGAGGAACUGAGGGAUAGGAAGCUCCUGAGAAACCCGAACGUCACGUUUGGAGAAUACGAGCAAGCGGGUGAAAGGUUUUUUGAGACGCUGUAUGGAGAGACGGCGGAGGACGUUCAGGGGCUGUUGGAUGCAGUUUAUCCAGACAUGGGUUGGUUCUCGAGGACCAUAGGCUACGGCCUCGUCUACGGGCCCGCCCUCUCCUCCUCCUCCUCUUCUCGUUCCUCUACCCAAAAGCGAAUACAAACACAUAUCUUAACCUCACUAGAGACGUCAUACACCCUCGUUGCAGCGCUCAUUACGAUCGACACGCCGCAGCAGAUCGCGUGGCACCUUGCUGGGGCGCGACGCGCAGGUGCGAGUGUGGAAGAGCUGAGCGCGGUGAGGGAGGUUAGUGAGCGGGUUGUGGUGGCGGUGAAGAAGGGAGGUGAGCUGUCGUCUCGAGCGAAGACGGCGUAA